GUUUGUUAAAGUUGGAAGACUCUUCAACAAAAGAUGUUCAACCUUAAAUAUCCAAGUGUGUUCGUCUCCUGUAAGUGUGCUGCAGCAUGUUGUGCUUCCAUCUGUUCCUUUGUUCAGUCCUAAUCACCUGUUCAGGUGGGUUGUCCAGCCUGAUUGAUUUAUGUUCGACCUGUGUUUCAGUUUUUACAUAAAUGCGUGACAGUGACUUCAUUUUACUUUGUCAUGUUUUUCAGAGUAGAAAUUCUUCUAAUUUUGAGCUGAGUUGACAUAAAAUUAAAACUUUUACAAUUGGUUAUCUAAGUAUGUGAUAAGCCUAUCAUACUUUAAAGAAUGUCUUUUGUCAUCUCUAAGUUAAAGAGCCUCAGAGUAUCCCAUAUCCAGUUUUGGUUUGAAUACCAAAAAUUGCUAAUGGGGGUUCGGUUUAAUAGGUUUCUCAGAUAUUUUAGUAAAAACACUGAAUAUGGAACUUCAUAAAGACAAGAGCUUUGGACAGAACCAAACUGUAAGUACUGGGUACUGACAUCUACGACAUGAGACAUCUACCAAAAAUAAAUCUUAUUUAGACAAAUUGAGCAUAUUAUGCAUACAUUUAAAUUGGAUGAGGCUGUGUGGAGGUAUGAUUGUUGAGCUAUGCACAUGCAGAAGAAAAUAUAGCGCCAAAUGUGCAAUAUAAAUACUGAGAAAUAAUUAUCUAGGAAAUGGAGGGUUGGGUUUUUGCAUUUUGCUUUGUUUUUUUUUUUUACCAAUGGGAACCGCUUUAUAUCUUGGUCACACCCUGUCUCCAUAGUUGUCUUGUAUGGGAUGAGAGGAAGACAAAUUAGACCCUACCGGUGCAGGUACAUCAGAGGUGGGCAUGGCGAGUAGGUGGGGUCGCUGCUCUCCUGUCUGGAACAGAAAGCUCCGGGGCUCCAGAUCAGACCGGUGCGGAAACGAGCCAGCGAGGACUGCUGUCUGAAAAUAAGGAUUGUGAUCACUGAACAGCGCAUGAUCUCUCGUCAUGCACCGUGACAUCAGCCUCUCCCUCCUCUUAACACUGCUGCUUCUUCAAGUUCAGCAGGCCACCUCAGUGCAGGAGAUCCAAACCAGCCAUGAGAACAUCGGGAAGAUCAACUCAGCGGGAGAAAUGAUGCAGUGCUCAGCAGCAAUGGAUAUCCUCUUCCUCAUGGACGGUUCCUACAGCGUGGGGAAAGGCAGCUUUGAGAGGUCCAAACACUACGCACUCAAGCUCUGUCAAGCACUAGACAUCGCACCAGACAAGGCUCGAGUCGGCUUGAUUCAGUUUGGUUCAACUCCUCGGCUGGAGUUCACUCUGGACUCAUACACCACCAAACAAGAGCUGAAGAAGAACAUGAAGAAGGUUUCUUACAGGGGAGGCAGCACUCAGACAGGCCUGGCUCUAAAAUAUGUGCUGAAGAAGGGUUUCCCAGGCGGCCGCAACUCUUCCACUGCAGCCCAGAUCGUCAUCCUGCUAUCAGACGGGAGGUCUCAGGGCAACGCAGGGCAGGCGGCCGCACAGCUCAAAGAGACGGGCGUAGUCGUGUUUGCUGUGGGCAUUCGCUACCCCAGGUGGGAAGAGCUGCAUGCUUUGGCCAGUGAGCCGAUGGAAAGCCAUGUUUUCUUUGCAGAGCAUUUCUACGAUGCUGUUAAUGGCGUAUACACCACCCUGACCACCUUCUCUGUCUGCAAUGCAACACCUGCAGGCUGUCAGGUGGAGUCAUUUCCCUGUCAGAGGAAAACACUGGAGACGGUGAAAGAGCUGCAGGGGAAUUUCAUGUGCUGGAAAGGCUCCAAGGGGUAUUCCACAUACACGUCUCUCUGUCCACACUACAGGUACAACAAGGUGUACAAGAGACACCAGACAGUCUGCCAUCGGACUAUCUGUCCAGAUCCCUGUGACUCUCAGCCCUGUCUGAAUGGUGGCACAUGUGUAUCAGAAGGUAGAGAUGGUUACCACUGCGUAUGUCCACCUGGCUAUGGAGAAGACCCCCACUGUGCUCCUGCGUUAUCACUGGACUGCUCAGUAGAUCUGCUGUUCCUGGUGGAGGGCUCAGCCACACUCACCUUGGAAGGCUUCCUCCGCCUCAAGUCCUUCUUGAAACGCUUCCUGCGCACUGUGAUCGGGUCCGACAGCCCCAGUAAAGUCGGCCUGGCGGUGUUCGGUGGAGAGACCAAAGUCGUGGCCGAGGUGGACAAGUUCAAAGGGGACCCAAGGGGUCUGCUCAAGGCUGUCGAAGGGCUCGAACCAAUCGGUGGCGAGACCUUGACAGGCAAGGCGCUUCGCUAUAUCACACGCCACGGCUUUGUGAGCGCGCCAGUCUUUGCAGACGUCACGGACGACCUGCCUCGCGUGGUGGUGCUGCUCACUGGAACCCCUUCUGCUGACGAGGUAGUAGAGCCCUCUAAAUAUGCCCGAGACAGAGAGAUCUUCCUGAUAGGCGUGGGACCAGACUACUUAAAGGGACAACUAAAUAAUAUCACAGGAAAUCCCCAGAGGACUAUUACCUACACGCCACCUGAGUUCAGUGCCAAGAUCCCUGAGCUCAAGGCUAAGAUCUGCAGUGUGGACACUCAAGGUUGUCUGGGCCAAGCAGUAGACCUGGUGUUUGCCCUGGACGCCUCCGGUGGUGUCAGCCCUGACAACUUCGCCACCCUGCGUGACUUUGUGCGCAGCCUCACAGUCCAGUUUGACAUAAACCGCGACGUGGCUCAAGUUGCACUUGUGGCCUACGCUCGGAGAGCCACCACCGUCUUCAACCUGGACUCCCAUGAGAGCGGCUCCGCCAUCCUCAAAGCUGUAGGUGACGCCAGCUACAUGGGUGGAGUGGCUUCAACGGGCGCUGCUUUACUUCACAUCCACUCCAACGUCCUGACGGUGGCCAAAGGUGCGCGGCCCGGAGUCAACAAGGCCGUGGUGGUGGUGACGGACGGUUCAGGCGGGGACGACGCUGCUGUUCCAGCUCAGAAGAUAAGAGAUAAUGGAGUUUCACUGUUUGUGAUCGGUAUCGGAGAUGUACAGAGAGAGAGGCUGCUGCAGAUUGCCGGUUCAGAGGAGCACAUGAUCGCCGUGCAGUCUUAUGAGGAUCUCAAGUAUUUUGAGGAUGUGCUGGUGCAGAUGCUGUGUUCAGAGGUUAAAAAGCCGGUAAAUCUGUGCAAGCCCAACCCAUGUAUGAAUGAUGGGACCUGCAUCCUGUCCGGAGGGAGCUUCCGCUGCCAGUGCAAAGGCUAUGAAGGACCACACUGUGAAACAAGGAGCAGCAGGCCUUCAUCCCGAGGAGAUCUCCCGAGGCCGGCUGGUUUGAGGAAGAAGAGCAGGCAGAAGAAGAGUCACCAGGAGCUCCUGCAUCACUACAAACUGCACCGCAGGAGACAUGCUGCCUGAUGCACACAUACUACACACAGAAAUGGACAUUUAAGAACCAAGGAUGGUCGCGGGUAUGCAAUGGAUUAAAGGGAAUACUCAUGUUACCGUUUCAACAUUUAAACUUGCACUCAAACUUCAAUAAGUGCCUUCAGACUAUAUGUACUUUUACCGCAGUGUCUGUUUGUGUCCUAGUUUGUCACCGUGCAACUUUAUUCUGUUCUCUAUUCAAAGAUGUAAACUAUAUUAGAGUGUAUCUGUGUCAUGAACGUAUUAUUUCUGUUGUGUUAU